CCACAAUGCGGGGGACUACGUCAGAGUUUUGCCUCCUCCCCUAGAGUCCCCGUUCAACCCCCGAGGUAAAGCCGCGCUCGCGAUUCGGAGGAAGAACCGCACGGGCUCAACUUCGUGGGGUAGCCUACACCAUAAAACAGCCUCCUAAGCGCUUCGAAGAUGGCUGCAGUUACAACCGAGGGCACGGAACAAGAAUCCACACCGGCAGUCGACAAUAAUGAAGCGUUGGACACGGAAGACAUCGGCAAUAUUGGACAGGGCCUUACAGACUCUAAAAAACAGGAACCGGUUAACAACGAGAACGGUGCAGAAAUGGACGUGAGCAACGGAGACGGCAACGAGGAAAAUCCUUCAUCCUCACCAGAAGUCGCUAAAGAUUCGGUUUUAAUCACGAAAAGCGAUAACAAAGUAGAAGAACUGGGGUCUGAGAUGUCUGAACCGGUUAAAAGUCCCGUGAAGGGAAGCACGGUGAACAGUACUAAGCCCGGGGAAAGCACGCUGGAACCGAAACAAGAACAAAGAGAGGAGAGCGUGUCCUCGCCUCCUAGCUCCGACAAGACCAAAAGCGACGACUCCACGGAGAAAACCGACCAUGGUAUCAAAAGAAGGGCCAGUGUCGAGAUAUCAUCCUCAGACGGAGAACCUCUCAGUCGAAUGGAUUCGGAAGACAGUGUCAGCAGUACUUUGAUGGACAUGGAGAGCACUGCAUCCAGCGGGCGCUCCACCCCUGCUAUGAUGAACGGGCAUGGCCCAGGCAGCGCCACGCCUUCGGGGGGGAAGGGCGUGGCGUACACCUGCUGCUGGGACCAGUGCCAACUCCUCUUCACCACCAGCCCAGACCUGGCCGAGCACAUCCGGGGAGUGCACGUGGAUGGACAGCGAGGAGGGGUCUUCGUCUGUCUCUGGAAGGGCUGCAAAGUAUACAACACCCCAUCUACCAGUCAGAGCUGGCUCCAAAGACAUAUGCUGUCCCACAGUGGAGACAAACCCUUCAAGUGUGUGGUGGGAGGUUGCAACGCCACGUUUGCCUCUCAGGGGGGGCUGGCGCGCCACGUCCCCACCCACUUCAGCUCGCAGGGCGCCAACAAACUGGCCAAUCAGGGCAAGCUAAAAGAGGAGUCACCGUCAAAGGCGGGGCUUAACAAGAGACGGAAGCUCAAGAACAAACGUCGGAGGUCUUUACUUUGUUCUGUCCCUCCAGCACGACCACACGACUUCUUUGACGCACAAACCAUGGAUGCCAUCCGCCACCGGGCCAUCUGUCUCAACCUGGCUACCCAUAUAGAGAGCCUGGGAAACGGACACAGUGUGGUGUUUCACAGCACGGUAAUAGCCAGGAGGAAGGAGGAUUCUGGGAAGGUGAAAGUCCUACUCCACUGGACUCCAGAGGACAUACUACCUGAUGUGUGGGUGAAUGAGAGUGACCGGCAGCAGCAGAAGACCAAAGUGGUCCACCUCUCCCAACUUCCGCAGGACACACAUGUACUUCUAGACCCCAACAUAUACAGGAUGCCACUAACCAUCUAGGAAAAGGCUCUACACUUCUAGCCUGUGACAUUAAUGGUGAGGCCGUUGACUUGCUUAAUAGUGUUUAUGCGCCUAACUCAUACUUUGGGUAACUUUUGGACAACGUGACUAUAGCCAUUGUUUUUCCCAGUACAUGCACACUUACCAAUGCUACAUCUCUACUGACCAUGGUUCAACAUGGAGCACUCAGCUAAAUACUAACAGUAAUAGAAUACAGCUCCGAUUGCAUUGUCAGAAUUUUAACCUUCUCUCGACCCAACAUGUGAUGCUGCUUUGCAUUUCUGAUACCCACAGCAUCUCUUGAACAUGUCUUCACUCUCUUUUGUUCAAUUAAAACUUGUUUGAAAUCCGUACCAGUCAAAGCGAAAAGUCGCACAUGCACGCAUAUAACUUAACCUGUUGUCAUUUUCCAAAACACAUCCCUGCACUCUUUCACUCGUCCUUUUCUUCCAUCGGCUGGUAAUCCUGACAGACCUGACAUUCAGCAGGCUCACAGUAUGAUUUGUCGUUGUUGGGGCUAUGUCAUACUUUAUUUGCAGAGCGAUUCCAGAAAUAGCUCUGGUAGUGAUUUACCCACCAGGUGGCACCAGUCGCUGUUGGCUGCACCCAUUUAUGGAGGCAAUGUAUUCAUUUUUUUAUUAAUAGGAGUUUUAGUUGAUCGAAAUAGUUAUAUAAUAGUUUUGCCAAUACUUUGUCUUCAUCCCCCCCUCUAAAUAGUCUCAUCCUAAUAUUCCCCAAACUCCCUGCUGACUAAUAUAAACCAGUCACCCUGAUCUAACCUGUCAACCAUCCUGUCUCCGCUGUGGCUCUGUUUGAAUUACUUUGUUUUGAAAGUAGUCAUUGACAUCCUCCCUUGUUUCUCAGGCAUGUUAACUAUUCCGGUUAUGUAGAGUAAUGCAUAGAUGAGACAGACGACUGGGCUGUUCUGCCCCACACAUGCUUUAUGCACACUAGAUACACACCCGUUAACUAAUGUAAAACGCUGCCAUCUUUUCAGGAUGUUUUUCUAGAAACCAUAAUGGACCAGUCAAAAGACGAUGAAAGGAACUACAUAGAAAGUACCCGUGCCACUUUCCGUCCGGCCCGGAGAGGACCAGAGUUUUCAUUUUUGGCUCCAACUUUUAUUUUCUACUUCAUGUCUAAGUUUACUUUCUGCUCUUCACUUUCCUUUGAAUGUUGAUUUUGUUUAAAUGAUGCAGUGAAUUUCUAAUUCGUUUUUAAUGGUUUCCCAAAAUAGCUUGAAUGUAUUAUAUAUUCGGUGCUGAACAUUUGAGCCAUUUUAGGGUAUCAUUUUUGUAUGUUUGUGGUAAUAUGAUGAGUCUACAAGCUUAAAAGCACAGUGACUUGAUAAUGUUGUAGAAACCAAGCUACGUGUCUUUGUAAAUACUCCAGGAGAUUUGUAAUAUAUUUUUAUACCUUGGAUUUUUACUGUAAUGUUUGUGUUAUUCUUUCUCCACAUUUUUUUUUGCUGAUGUUUUAAACUUUAUUAAUUGUACAAAAUGCAUACAGAAAAUAGUUUUGAUGGACGUUACUAUUUACGUAUUAUUUAGGCCUAACAACUGCUGUUGCUUCUGUCUGACACUAGAGCGGCUAUUUUAAGGUCCGCUGUUUGAUAGUGAUAGUUAAGUUGCAAGAUUGUAUUAAGUACAGUGGGGAGAACAAGUAUUUGAUAGACUGCCGAUUUUGCAGGUUUUCCUACUUACAAGCAUGUAGAGGUCUGUUA